UUCUACAUACGCUCAUUCCAGGGCUCUCAUGUUCUGCACCUCAGCAGGGAAUUCAGGCUCAAUGAUGUCCAUGAGGCCUGUCCCAGGUUCUCUGUCUUCACUACUGCACCUACAUAACAGACAAAGACAGCCUAUGCCUGCCUCUAUGCCUGGAACCCUGCCCAAUCCCACCAUGCCUGGAUCUUCUGCAGUACUAAUGCCAAUGGAGCGACAGAUGUCAAUGAACUCCAAUAUAAUGGGGAUGCAAGGUCCAAACCUCAAUAAUCCAUGUGCUUCACUGGGGAUGCAAGGUCCAAACCUCAAUAAUCCCUCUGCUUCCCCCCAAGUCCCUCCAAUGCAUUCAGAAGCCAAAAUGAGAUUGAAAGCAGCGCUGACUCAUCAUCCUGCAGCCAUGUCAAAUGGAAAUAUGAACACCAUGGGCCACAUGAUGGAAAUGAUGAGCUCCCGACAGGACCAGACACCACACCAUCAUAUGCACUCACAUCCACAUCAGCACCAGACACUGCCAUCUCAUCACCCAUACCCUCAUCAGCACCAGCAUCCAGCGCACCAUCCUCAUCCUCAGCCCCAUCACCAGCAAAACCACCCACAUCAUCACUCCCACUCGCACCUUCAUGCACACCCGGCACAUCACCAGACUUCGCCACACCCGCCGUUACACUCGAGCGGACAAGCACAGGUUUCACCAGCGGCACAGCAGAUGCAGCCCACUCAGACAAUACAGCCGCCUCAGCCCACUGGAGGGCGUCGGAGGAGGGUGGUGGAUGAAGACCCAGAUGAGAGGAGGCGAAAAUUUCUGGAAAGGAACCGAGCAGCUGCUACACGCUGCAGACAGAAGAGGAAGGUCUGGGUGAUGUCACUGGAAAAGAAAGCAGAAGAACUCACCCAGACAAACAUGCAGCUUCAGAAUGAGGUUUCCAUGUUGAAAAAUGAGGUAGCACAGCUGAAACAGUUAUUGUUAACACAUAAAGACUGUCCAAUAACAGCUAUGCAAAAAGAGUCCCAAGGAUAUCUAAGUCCUGAGAGUAGCCCUCCUGCAAGCCCAGUCCCAGCUUGCUCCCAACAGCAAGUCAUCCAGCAUAACACCAUUACAACUUCCUCUUCUGUCAGCGAUGUCGUAGGAAGCUCCACCCUUACUCAGCUUGCCAGUCACAGAACAGAUAUGAAUCCAAUUCUUUAAAACUGAAUGGUCAAAACUGCUAUGGGAGUGGUAGCAUAUCGGAAGUCCUUUAUGUGAAGGACGUUUUCAACAUUAACUCAGCCCUGGAAGACUCCUCAACCCUUGAAAGACUAUAGCUUUCAUUUUUAUAGUUAUUAAAAUGUCUUUUAUACUUAGUUACAAAAAAGGGAGUUAUGCAAUUAAUAUGCUAUCAGCUUGAGAAGUGCUUUGGUGCUUUCUCCAAUUUUUGGUACCAGUUGUUUAUAAACUGAACUGUUUCUGUACAUAGUCAUGUUCCUUUCUUAACAGUCUAGCCUGAGGCCUCAGAAACAUGGAGUUUUGUUAAAUUGCAGCUUGUUAGCCAAAAUGAGGCAUACAAAGUAUUAAAACAGAGUCAGACAUUGGUAACUAAAACUAUUAAGGCUAUAAAUAUUUAGAGCAUGCUCUGGUGACAGCAUAAUAAAAAAUAAGUUAGCUUUGUGAUACCACCGGAACCUCAUCAGGUAUGCAGAACCUCUUUCAGAGAUAGAAAUGCUUAUAUCAUAUGUGGAUGUCAGAACAAAAUCACCCCAAAUAAUACUCUCUCAUGUUUGGCUUUCUACUUGUCCAUGGCCUGUUAAUCUUUAUUCUUCACAUAUCUUCCCUUUCCCUUUCUUAAUCCUCCAGUCCUUUCUUCUUCUUCAAGUUCCUCCUGUUUUUCUUCAUUCUAAAUCUCUCUCUCUCGAUAUUCUUCACUGCUUUUUUUUUCUUUUAAGAAUAUUAAUAAAGGGGGAAAAAACUUUAAACCCACCCACAAAAAACUGUUAAUACAUCUGCUGCUCUCAAUGCCUUCACUCACAGCUGGCUGAACUUUUGCUUUUUAAAAAAUCAAAAUGCAGGAGUUUAAUGCUCCUGAUUUAGUGUUUUUAAUAAACAGCAAAAGUUAAUAGCAGUUUAGUCACAGGUGAAGCAUGACUGAAAGACAGCUGUGUUGAUGCUAGGAGCCUUGUAAGAUUCUGUGGUAAAUGUCCAUGGCACAGGACAAGAAUAGCAAAAUCACACCUAAGAAUUACAGCGGGUUUUUUAAACUGUCAAUCAUUAAUGUAGAAAAUCCUUGAAGUAUACAGCAGUUCAGAAAGAGUCUAAUCACUCAGCAGAUGCAUUGUUCCACCAUCAAAAGCUAACAGCCUAAGAUUUCACAGGCUAUAAAUAAAAUUAAUCAGAUUGAAAAUUCUGAGCAGUUGGAAAAAUAUUAUUAUUCAUUACCAGGUAAAAAACCAAUUCUUCACAGCCAUUUUUAAACAUACAUGGACAGGAUCCUUAGCUGGCAUAUAUUGGUGUAGCUCCAUUGACUUUAACAGAAUGAUGCCAGUUUACCUAGCUGAGGAUCUGUUCAGCGUGAACACUAAGAACACUUUUUAGCUAGUAUACACUGCCAGACUGGUGUAAAUUCUGCUAUACACUGUGGGUGAAAUUCACUCCUCAAAAGAUGGUCCUUGCACUCCGUCAUUUUCUUUUACUUUUUCUUUUUCUGAAGCCACAGACUUGUGCUGGCCCUUUCCAGGGCUGACUUUCAUCUUGGGAUAAUGUAUGGGAAAUGAAGUGUUAAAGAAUAUGGUAGAUGACAGCCAAUUAGUUCUAAUACAUUGGCACCUGAUUUUGUUCCCAGUAAAGUCAAUAGCAAAGCUCACAUUUACUCCUGUGCAUAGGCGACUGCUAGGGGGUGCACAGGGGUGCAUGUGCCCCCCCUGAUGGCCAACACUGAUGCUGUCGGUAGGGCUGGUGCCCCCCCCUGACAAGGCCGCCACCAUUGGCAGUUUCUGUGGGUGCCCUGCCAGAUUCAGGAGGCACCAGUCACUCAUGCUCCUGUGGCAGCAAGAUCAGGUCCUUAUUUUGUGAUAGAUGUUCAAACUUUUUUUCAAUUGCAUCUCUUAAAAUGAAACAGCUAAUUAAUGCUAUUUGUAGUAAGUACUCUGCUCCUAAACAUACUUUGUUCUGAUUCUGAGUUGUUGUCCUCAAAGGCUGUUUCUGUUAUUUGAAAGAAGUAAACAUUUUUAAAAGGGUGAAUUUUUUUUAAAAAAAAAUACGUUAAGAAAAUGAAGCAUGAGGCACUGUAGCAAAUAGUGCUCAGGAGGAAGAACAAAAUUCUGAGCAUCGUGAAUCAUAAUUUCUGAAUCAGUUAUAUCUUGGUAAUUAACUUUUAAAAGCAGUAUUCUUCCACAGCUCUGUUACCACUUAUGCAAAUACUUUUGAAAAAAAAAAAGAUUUUUUUACAUGUACAGAGUAAAUCGUGACUUGAUUAUAUAGUCUAAGAACCAAAAAAAAUUAAGAAAAAAUACAAAUGUAAAGGAUUUUCUAUUAUAUUUUAGACAAACAUAUACUUUUAAAGUGUUUUAAAUACUGAAUCUAUAAUUUUUUUUAAAGUCCAGUUGUAAUAGCUGAAUGGUUUUGCUUCAUCAUGGCUACUAAAAAAAAACUUUGUUCAAAUACACAGCUUUAAACAGAAUCUUCAGUUGAAUAUAUAUAUAAGGAUGUAUUGUGUCCAAAUGUCAUAUCUAGAACCUCAUUAUUCAUCCAAAAAACAAAAUGCCAUCAUAGUAUUAAUUUAGCUUCAAUUUUUUUACCCGCAUGGAAAGCACUUAAUUACAUUAAGGUAGAAAAACAAAACAAAAAUCUUCAUACUAGAAGACUCUGAGCUACACUGCACUAAAAUUAAGGUUUGGUUUUACUUAUGUUAAAUCUCCUUGACUGUAAUAUUUAGCUGUUAAAACUAAAGCCUCUACAGUGAAAAAAAGAAAAAAAGAUAAAAAAAGAAAAAAGAGAAACACACACACAUAUACACACAAAACCCAACAAAAAACCCCACUUGCCCAAGUGUUGUUAAAUUCAGCAACUUGACAGUUUGACUGAUGUGUAUUAUAUAUAGCUCAAUUAUUUCUUUUUUUAAUGCUAACUAGGCAAGCCAACUACACGUUAGCCUAAAUGUGUAAUUACAAUGAACUGUCUCCUCUCUGUACUAUUGGCCUUUAGGUAUAAUUAUUAUUAGUGAUGUGGAAAUAAGUAAAGGAUGAAAGCUUUUUGCUAAUGCUUCUUGUAACUCUAAACGUAAGGUUCAUAGGCCAAAACAACAUGCAGCAUAUUAAUAUUAGUAUGUACAUAAAAGGACCAACCCAACCAGGCACCUUAUUCUUCAACAGGUUAACUUCCACAUAUAAAAUACUUUUGUAUUUUUAGAGGACUGAUCCUGCAGCCUUUACUUCAGCAUGUAAUCCUUCCCUGUACAGUCCUAAUGAGAGUUAAGGGUCAGGGCUGCAAGAAAAGGCCCUAUGUCUAGAUCCGUACAAAAUCUAUUCAGCAGAAGCAGCUUGUUCAUAAGUAUUGUUAAUUUAGGUAGCAUUUGCAAUACUACUUAAUUUGAGGAUAACCUAUAGUUCUCCAUGAGCUACUUACUGAACGCUGAUCUGUUUUAUUCCUGCCUUUCUUCAGCUAGUUGCAGCUCUGAACCUAAAGUCACUGCCAGUGGGCUUUCAGAAUGACCCCCUGUAUUUUUUAAUGGGAGUUAAUAUGGAUGAGCCUGGUCACGUGUGUAGUUCAAAAUGAAGUAUCCAAAUGUUAAACAUUUCUGUGUACAACAUCUCUCACUGUGUGACAUUGAAAGUAUGUUGGAAAUCCCAGCCACGGAUGAUUGCAAUACUUACCAAAAGUGCUGUGUUGUGAUUCAAACAUUUCUUCCCCCUCAAGUCAAUUUAUACAAGCCAUAUUCAUAACACUGCCUGUGGGAGACAAGUAGUUUGUGUGCUAUCAUGGUGUGUUUUAUAAGGACAGUGAUGAUGAUGAUUAAUAGAAAAUUUCAUACUAUUUGGAGUUGAUUCCUGCUAUAUAACUAAAUGAAUGCAGUCCAUGUUCUGAAUAGUGGAAAGUCAAUGGUAAACGCCUCAAGUAUAUAUGGAUUUUAGUGUGUUAACAGAUCGUGUCAUGUUAACUAACAAACCAGCUGUAACUGUUGUUAAAACCUGACUUUUGGGGGAUUAAUAUUUUUUUAAGCAACAAUAUUUAGUUUUUAAAAAGCCUGUUAGUUUAGGUAGAAUGUGCUUUUUUAGAAGCUAAUAACACAUUUUUAAAAGAAACUUAUAUAGUGAAUUUAUGAAAAUUCAAGAGGACCAAAGCAAAAUUUAAACAGGAAUCUAUUAAUUUAGUAUUCAUAUAGAAUUUUAUAAAGUAUUUAUUAAUAAAUGUUAUUUUAAACACAUUCCAUUUGAACUUUGAACAGUAUUCUUGUAUGGAAUCUGUUUGUUUUGUUUUGUUUUUUAAGUUACAAUAUUAGUUUUGCAGUAAACUACUCUAGGUGUAUGUGUACCUUAAUCUUUCAGGGUCUCGAGCAGAAGUCGUCCAUCCAAGAUGGAAAGGUUUGCUGAGGUCUGUUGUAUAGAAAUUCUUAGGAUUAAAUAUUUUCUUUAAAGCAGCAUCUGCUUUUUUGUAUCAAACAUAAUAGCUGUAAACCUACAAUUGUUUCCUAUCUGUUUGAAAGUGUGCUCUCUCAUUUUAGAAAGCGCAGAUCAGCUACAGGAAAAUGAUACAUAGAACUGGAAAGCCUGUCAUUUUUAGGCUAAUUAUAUGCAUCCUCAAUAGAGAUUAACCCUAUCCUUGCUUCUCUUCUAAUAUCUCAUAGUGAGUUGCACUAUACUGCCUUACCAUUGCCCCUUCUGUCCUUAUCUACUAAGCAGUGUUCCUUAGCUUUAGACCAUUGAAGCUCCAUUAUAUAUCAGAGAAAAUUAUUGAAGGGGGAAGAAAAAAAAAGAUUAAUUUGUAGACAAAAACUAAAUGGUGCCUUCAAAACCAAACCAGUUACAACUAAUUAGUAUCCUAUUUCUACAUUUCAAUUAUUUAUAUUAUUUUAAAAUUGCACUUUAGCUCUCACUUUCUCUUCCUUGUUUUCCCUUGUUCAAUCAUUUAUAAUACCUUGUAAAAUGUUUGCACCAGAUAUAUUUAUAUGCUCUAACUGGUGGCAUAUCUACAACUUGUCUCUCACACCCCCAAAAGGAGGACUGCUAGGAGAAGCUGAGUACAGCCGGUCUGCAACAUGACUUUGACUUCACAUCCUCUUCAUGGUGGCAUAUAAAUGUUUUAUUAUGCAUAGCAUGUGAGGCAACUAAGCUAUACUUAUAAUCUAUCUCAUCUUGAGAACCAAAGUGUCCUGUAUAACAUAGCUCAGGAGACUGGCUCUGUCGUGCAUUAUAAUGCACUUUGAUUGUUUUCCAACUGUAGUAGCUACAAAGCUGCAAGGAUAACAGUGGCCAUACAAUAUGUUUGAAUCCUAAGUCCAUGAAAUGUGAUGUUACUUUGCAACUUAACUAGGGACAGCACCUUAAGAAAAGACUAAAACUUAAAGGAAAAUCAAAAGCAAUAAAAUGUCAAAUGAAAACUUAUACCAAAAACUUGAUCAUCACCUGAAAUGGUCGCCAUAACAUGAAGAUGAGAAAGUUUGUAUACACGCAUAAUCCCUUCCUAAUACUUGUAGUUAUCUGGGUUUUAUCAGUGGCCUUAUGUUUAGAGCUAAAUUGCUUAUCAGUGCUUGGUGUUUUCCCCAGAGUCUUCCAUAUUUUCCAAAACUACUUUACAGUAAACUUUAAAGAUUGCAAAAGGCCAAAUGUCAGUAGGGGCUAAAAGAUUAAUUCUCUAAAUGUAAAUCUGAUACAUUUCCACAAUUUUCUUUAGAAAUGAAUUGAUCAUUAUGACUGGCUAUAAGUUUAGAUCUAGGAUUCAGAACCUAUAACCCCUGUAUGAAUGCAGGUUAAACAUUGUUUAGGUUAUGUUUCAUGAAGUGACACUGUUUUGGAGUCCCUCCACAUAUAAUACAGCACUGGCCUCAUGUUGCAUCUAAAGAUUAUUGAACUGCAAAAUAUCUUUUUUAGCUAAAUCUUUGAAGUAACAGAUAGAUUAUCUAUCUUCUGAUACUGUGUCAGACACUGACGACUAACUGCAGCUUUAGAGAGCUUGCAGGAAAACAACAAGAGAAGGGCAUUUGAGGGGAAAUGGCUGGUGCUGAUGGAGUCCACCCUUCUCCCUGGACCCUGCUACAUGCCCCUGCCAGAGAACUUUUACCAUGGUGCCUGAAAGGCAAAAUAGUUUGCACCAAGGUUUUGAUCUGUAGCCAUUCUUCAGACAAACUUACGGACUAUCAAGGAGAACUUUUCCCAAGUAAGGACUUCAACAUUUGGGAAGCAGUUGUUUCUCAAUCCAUAUACAUGGGCUUUAUUCCCAUCUCCAUAAAUUGCUCAAUUUAAAAACUGGGUAGCAAUGAUCAUUAAAGAUGGCUUCAUUGAAAUGCAGUCACUGUACUGAUUUUUUAAAGAAGCUUUUAGCACUGUGUGCAGUAAACCUCAUCUAAGGAAGUCUGUAUAAGAGAAAGGUGCUGUCACGUUAAGUUUUGGGCUUGAGGUUGUUUGUAUUGUACGCAAAGUUUUUGUGUUCGUUUGUCUGUUUAUUCUGUAAAGCAACCACCUUCCUUACUGGAAGGAGAGAUUUUUUUUUUUUUUUGGUACAUAAGUGUAAAUACUUGCUACAGCAUUUAAUAUGUUUAAUUUUAUGUUAAGCUUUUUGUCGCAUUGUGAACACAUUUAUUGUUACAAAUGGACAAUGAGUUCAUUAAGACUGUUCAACUAGGUCAGAUUUUUACAUCUCUUUCUAGUUAGAAGAGACAAAAUUUUGUGCAUUUGUACAAAUGUUAAUAAUAUCACUGCAAUUCCAAUAUAAUAAAGCACUCAAAUGUAAAUAAUGCCUACAGUUUUGCUGUGUCCAUGUGUAGGAAUAAGG